AUGUCGGCCUCAACCGCCACCGCCUCCGCCUCGCUUGCCGACUCGUCUCGCCCGGGGCGACUCCGCCGCCUGAGCCAGCUUCGUGCCUACACCCAGAAUCUUUCCCAUUCCUCCCCCAGCAGUGGACAGCGGUCGCGCACUGGCCUGAGUAGUCGUGUGCCUUGGUUGUCACCAUCGUCCCCAUCGGGCCCAGAGUCCUUCCCGGUGGAGAGCUCCACUCCUCCAGGUCCCGACAGUGACCAACCAGCCCUCUCUCGCUACACCUCUGCACCCACCACGAGCUCCCACGGCCUCGGCGUCGACACACAAACGUCAUCGGCCGAUUCAUCGCGAUCAACUCCUCCCAACGAACUAAUCCAGUCGCAAUCCCACGCCCCGUCCCAGCCCGCCAAUGCCAUGGCACGACUCAGGAGUCUUUCCGCCGUCCAGGGCCGACCGCCGCGAAAUCUGGGGCGCAUCACGACCCCGGACGCUCCAACCUCUUCCCCAGAACCCCCUUCCGCCGGGGGCGAUGCGCCCGACGUCUCUGGCAGCACCCCGGUAGAUGCUCAGUCGUCGUCGCCGCCGAAACCAAAACAGAAGGCGACCAUUCGAUUUUUUCCUUACCAGGAAACCUUCCAGAGCUCGCGACCCUCCUUACCUUUUGUCCCAAUCACUCGCACGCUACCUUCCGAGAGCUGUGUGAUUCGAGUCGGCCGUUAUUCCGAGCGCGAUGGGAUUCCCAUUCCAAACCCCGUCGAACCAUCGGAUGCCCCCGUGGGCUUCAAGUCUAAGGUAGUCAGCCGUAAACACUGCGAGUUCAUGUACACAAACGGCCAGUGGCAUAUCAAGGAUGUCGGAAGCUCGUCGGGCACUUUUCUGAAUCACAUGCGGUUGAGUCAGCCGAAUAUGGUCUCGCGACUGUAUUCGAUCAAGGAUGGCGAUAUUGUGCAGCUGGGAAUUGAUUUUCGGGGAGGCGAGGAGAUGAUCUUCCGAUGUGUGCGAAUUCGAAUCGAAUGCAAUCGAUCCUGGCAGCAGCAGCCUAAUGAGUUCAACAAAAAUACCGAAAGCUUAAUCAAGAACUUGGGCAAAGGUGAUACUGCCGAUUAUUCAGGCUGUCGAGAAUGUUCGAUUUGCCUCGGCUCGGUCUUGCGGCCUUAUCAGUGUUUAUUCAUGGCAGCUUGUGCGCACGUUUGGCAUUACAAAUGUAUCAGUCGCUUGCUCCACUCACCUGACUACCCUAUGUUCCAGUGUCCCAACUGUCGUGCCUUCACUGACCUCAGCGCUGAGGUUGACGACACUAAUGAUGUCGACCACGAGAAGGGAGAGAAGACGCCUGCAGAUGGAGAAGCUGAUGCCCUAAAUGUCUCAGAAGGUCGUCCAUCGGAGCCACAACUUGAAACCGAGGAGACUCCUCCCAACGGGACCGGGCCGCAGCAGGUGUCCGCUUCGUUGGGGACCCACGCCGAAGAACCAGACUUGGCGACAGAUGUCGAGAAUCUGCAUCUGCAAGAUGACCAACAAACUGGAGCUGAUCUGGACGAUGGACGUAGCUCAAAUUCUCCCGCUCCUAAUACGAGCAACGACGAUCUUGCCCGCAGUGCCACCAUUAACAUCCCGGGUUGGCAACCAACACAGCCCCUCAAUGUCCCCUCUAGUCGACAGUCACAUCUUCGUGCCGAUACCCCUGUUCGAUCGGAGACUUCUGACGACAACCCUUUGACUCCCCGAAAUGACUCCGGUCCGCUUGCCUUCGAUGGCCGAGCAGGCAUGCCAUAA